CCUGCGCUCGAAACCUUGGUCGUAGCAUUAGAAAUUUAUUUAUAACAUCUUCUUCAUCGUCUACAUCAAAAGAAACACAAAUAAAUGGUUCUUUCUCUCAGUCCCAGAAUUUGAUUUGGGCUGGCAAGUUGUGUUGGGUUUGAAAAUGGAGGUGGAAUUUGUUACAAGUGGCAUUGCAGAGGAAGAGUUCUUUGAAGUUGAUGAUAAUAGCAAUAAUAUUGAAAAUGCUAAUUUUGAGGGCGGAAGGUGUGGAAUAUGUAUGGAUGUUGUCAUAGACAGAGGGGUUCUUGACUGCUGCCAGCACUGGUUCUGUUUUCUAUGCAUUGACAAUUGGUCUACCAUCACAAACUUGUGCCCGCUUUGCCAGAAUGAAUUUCAGUUGAUCACAUGUGUUCCGGUCUAUGAUACUAUUGGUAGCAACAAAGCUGAUGAAGACUCAUUUUCCAGAGAUGAUGAAUGGUCCAUUGAAGGGAAGAAUAAUACUCUCUCUUUUCCGUCCUACUAUAUUGAUGAAAAUGCAGUUAUCUGCUUGGAUGGAGAUGGCUGUAAAAUUCGAAGUGGAUUAGCAACUAUUGAGGGAGAUUCCAAUCUUGAUACAUCAAUUGCUUGUGACUCAUGUGAUAUAUGGUAUCAUGCAUUUUGUGUGGGAUUUGAUCCUGAAGCCACAUCUGAGAGUACCUGGUUAUGCCCAAGAUGUGUGCCACAAAAAUCAGAGGUAAUUUCAAUACAGAGGCCUGAUAAUCAGGGUGGCUCCGAAAAUGGUAAUAGUGAAUGUUUCAUUGAGGAUGCUUUAUCUGGAAAGGUGUCUGUUUCUGUUGCUGAUGCCGGAGAAACAGCUCUUGUGGUCUCAAUGGUUGAUGAAAAUCAAUGUACUGGAGAACCAAAUGAGAACUUUUUGUCAAUUGUCAAAGUUGAGAAGGACUUGGAAACUGAAACGUUGCUAUUGACUUCCGAUGCCAAUAGUUACAAGGCAACUGUUAAAGUUGAGAAGGACUUGCAAACUGAAACAUUGAUAUUGAGCUCUGAUGCCAGUAGUCAAAAGGUGGAAACACUGUCUGGGGGGAAGACUAUCAUUCAACCAAUCUUUGAUGCAAAGGAACUCGAAUUGUCCUUAUCACGUGAUGCAUCCUUUAUUUCAGCUUCUAAUUCCUUGGUGCUUAGUGAGUCGAAGACAAGUUGUGCUGAGAAAGCAAUGAAGGAACUAAGAAGCAAUGAUGGCAUUGAAAAUCCUUCAAAAAAGUUUAUUAAUGAGUCCUCUACUGGAAACAGGCUAUCUGAAAAUGAAUCCAGUAUAGGCCUUCAUCUUGGUUUAUCUGUAGGCGCUUUUUUAUCUGUUGACGAAAAAAAGAAUGAUGGAAUUGAAGAUCAAGUUGCUGAAGAUGUCCAGCAGCAAAUUCCUUCAGAAGAUUCUUUGGAAAAAGUUGACAAAGUUGAACUGGACAAAGUUGGACUGGAUGCUAAUAAGGAUGCUGCCAGAAUGGUUGGUGUAAAGAGAAAGCCUACAGAUUGCAGCGAGCAAGUGUGUAUGAGUACUGAUGAUGGAGAUACCAAACACAAGAUUGUGACAGAAGUUUCUAGAAAGAAAAUUAAAGCUGAAGGGAGGAUUCAACAGGUGGCUAAAAGGGACAAAGUCAAUGCACCUGUGUCAGAUAAUUCUCAGAAAUUCCCAACCCCAAUAGCAGAUCCCAAAGAUGACAGGUUGAAAUAUCAUCAAGAUAAGGAAGAUGCUACCUCUGAUUUAAUGAGCAUAGUUCGAGGGGCAAAACAUAGACCUUCCAAGGGGCUUGGACACCCAAAUCCAGCUGAUAAAUCAUUGAUAGAACGAGAAAAUAUGGCUGGCUUACGAGUGAAAAAGAUCAUGAGGAGAGAUUCUGAGGAUAAGGAGUCAUCCAUGGUAGUCCAAAAACUAAGAAAAGAAAUAAGGGAAGCUGUCCGUAACAAAUCCUCAAAAGAUUUCGGGGAAAGCCUUUUUGAUCCGAAGCUUCUUGCUGCCUUCAGGGCUGCUGUAUCAGGACCCAAAACUGAACCUGCUAAGAAGUUAUCACCUUUAGCUGUAAAGACAAAGAAGUCAAUGUUACAGAAGGGGAAAGUACGUGAGAAUCUAACAAAGAAGAUAUAUGCAUCAUCCAAUGGAAGACGAAAACGUGCUUGGGAUCGGGACUGUGAAGUUGAGUUUUGGAAGUAUCGUUGCAUGAGAGCUACGAAGCCUGAAAAGAUUGCGACUUUGAAGUCAGUUCUUGGCCUCCUAAGAAACAGUUUGGAUAAUUCAGAUCAGAGGUCUGAAUCACAGGCCACAAAUCCAAUUCUUUCCAGGUUGUAUUUAGCAGAUACAUCUAUAUUCCCAAGAAAGGAUGAUAUCAAGCCUCUCUCAGCUCUUAAAGUUACAGGCAAUUCAGAGCAGAAUAAAGAACAGCUCAUUUCUUCAGAAAACUGUUUGAAGUCAUCUCUUGAUAGUAAUAAUAUGAAAUCCACAGAAUCAAGUAAGGUUUUGGCAAAGGCUGGACUUCCUUCAUUUGAAAAUAAUGAAAACAAGAACAUUGUUCCAACCUCAAAGAGUGAGGUUGCUUCUACUUCUAGCAAAGUACCUUUAAGCAGACGCCCAGAAGGGCCAACCAUUUCUGCAUUAAGUGACUCUAAAGUUAAUGCUCAGAAGCAGACAGUUGGUAAAUCUGAUGAUGUAAAGAGUGACAAAAGAAAAUGGGCCCUAGAGGUCCUUUCUAGGAAAGCAGCUGCUGCAAGCAGGAACUCAAGAGAUGAUUCAAAGGAAGACAAUGCAGUGCUUAAAGGAAAUUAUCCGUUACUGGCGCAACUACCAGCAGACAUGAGACCAGUACUGGCACCCAGUUGCCAUAAUAAAAUUCCCCUAUCUGUGAGGCAGGCACAGCUUUACCGCCUGACAGAGCACUUCUUGAGGAAGGCAAAUUUGCCAGUCAUUCGCAGAACUGCAGAAACAGAGUUGGCAGUUGCAGAUGCAAUUAAUAUUGAAAAAGAGGUUGCUGAUAGGUCAAACAGCAAAUUAGUAUAUGUAAAUUUAUGUUCGCAGGAGCUAUUGCAUCGAUCAGAUAACAUUAAGUCCAGUAGAGCCACUGAAUCAAAUACCUCACCCUUGUCAGAAGUCCCUGUUGAUGGAUCUGAACAAGCUACCACCGAACUUUCAACUGAUCCUGUAAUUUUAGAAGCAUUGAGAACUGCGGGCCUUGUGUCUGAUUCUCCUCCAAAUAGUCCACAACCGGAAAAGCAAGUCCUCGAUGAUGUUCCCUCCGAAAGAGAGGAAGAACUGGAUAAUGUAUUUGACAUGGCUUCUCAUCCAGAACUGGAUAUUUAUGGUGAUUUUGAGUAUGAUUUGGAAGAUGAAGACUACAUUGGUGUAAGUUCAACAAACAUCUUUAAGAUACCACCAGAAGAAGGUGCCUCAAAAAUGAAAGUGGUUUUCUCUACGCUUAACCCUGAACAGUUGAAUGAUGGUCUAAAUUCUGAUGAUCAUGAAAAGUCAGGGAAUGUUGAAGCACCAAAGGACUCCAACUUGCCCCAGAAUCAUAGUGAUGCAGGAAUCAGAAGUGCUACCAUAAAGGGUGAGACCAAUGAUUCUUGUGUUCCUCCAGAACCUUUAAUCAAUGAAGACAGUGAAGAGCCUUCAAUUGCAGAAUGUGAAGAGCUAUAUGGCCCAGACAAAGAACCACUUAUUAAAAAAUUUCCUGAAGUAGCUUUACGAAAGCCAUCUGGACAGGUUGAAACAGUAGCUCUAACUGAGAACAAAGAUCCUAUAGGAAAUGAAAAUUGUGUGUCAAAUAAAAUGGUGAAAACAUCUGAAGUCAGGAGUGAGAGCUGUACAGAGAACAUGCUUGUUGCUGCUGUUGAUCCCGACUCUCCUGGUGGGAAACAUUCACCCAACCAUUUUCAAACAGGGGAAAAUGUUGAAAGUAAGGAGAAGAAAUCUAGCCUUGAGACUAACAAGCAGUCUGAGAGCUUCAAUCAUGUAUUCAAGAAGGUGGAAGCCUACAUCAAAGAACACAUCAGGCCACUGUGCAAGAGUGGUGUGAUAACAGCCGAACAGUAUAGGUGGGCUGUGUCAAAAACGACUGAUAAGGUUAUGAAGUACCACAGCAAAUCCAAGAAUGCUAAUUUUCUCAUCAAGGAAGGUGAGAAGGUGAAGAAACUGGCAGAGCAGUAUAUUGAGACAGCCCAACAGAAGGACAAAAGUGAAUCUUCAUAACGGCAGCUGUUUUCAUCUUUCUCAAGUUCUGCAUAUUUUUGCACCCCUCUUUAAUAAUCUGUAGAUAGUUAUGGGGUCUGGUCCAACACAGCAUUAAUAUAGGCAUUUGUAUAAAAUGAGAAUCGCAAGAACUUUGACCCUACUUGAUAACUGGGUGGGGCCGUAGGGCUUGGCCUGAACGUAAAUUGUAUGGUAGUGCCAACUGCCAAGGAGACAUAGGUCCCUUACUUUAUGCCGAGUUGCUUGUGCUAAAAAAACAGAAUUUAAUAUGAAAUUGUAAAUUGCAGUUGAAAUUUUUUAAAACAA